CAGGCGGCCCGCGGCUUGCGCGAGCCGAGGCCGCCCCAGCGUCCGGAGCGCCGGCGCUCGGGCUCCCGCGCGGCCAUGGCAGGGCCGGGCCCGGGGGACCCGGACGAGCAGUACGAUUUCCUGUUCAAGCUGGUGCUGGUGGGCGACGCUAGCGUGGGCAAGACGUGCGUGGUGCAGCGCUUCAAGACCGGCACCUUCUCGGAGCGCCAGGGCAGCACCAUCGGCGUGGACUUCACCAUGAAGACGCUGGAGAUCCAGGGCCAGCGGGUCAAGCUGCAGAUCUGGGACACGGCCGGCCAGGAGCGCUUCCGCACCAUCACCCAGAGCUACUACCGCAGCGCCAAUGGGGCCAUCCUGGCCUACGACAUCACCAAGAAGAGCUCCUUCCUGUCGGUGCCACACUGGAUCGAGGACGUGAGGAAGUACGCGGGCUCCAACAUCGUGCAGCUGCUGAUCGGGAACAAGUCGGACCUGAGCGAGCUCCGGGAGGUCCCGCUGGCCGAGGCGCAGAGCCUGGCUGAGCACUAUGACAUCCUGUGCGCCAUCGAGACGUCGGCCAAGGACUCGAGCAACGUGGAGGAGGCCUUCGUGAGGGUGGCCACAGAGCUGGUCAUGAGACACGGGGGCCCUCUGCUCAGUGAGAAGGGCACCGACCACAUCCAGCUGGACAGCAAGGACGUCGGGGAGAGCUGGGGCUGCGGGUGCUGACCAGGGUGCAGGGCGGGCAGGCAGGGGCCGCCCCACCUCCUCCUCCCUCUGGCCUGCCAGCCCAGCCCCCCAGCGCCGGCCCCACCGGGCACCAGCCGGCCGGAGUCUGGAACCCUCCACCCCGUGGCCUGAUGCUUGAUGGGGACACUGUCCUCCAGGAAGGAGCGGGGUUCCUCCCGCAGGAGGCCUCUCACACUGGGUAGGGUGUGGGGCCUGUCCUGCCGGCCAGCAGCUGCCCCGCUGUUGGCUUUGCAUCCCGGGACUGGCCCGAGCCUGCCGGUGUGGACCGGAGCGUGUCUCCCCUGCUCCCCGUGUCCUAGUUCUGACCCUCUCACACCUGAGCUGCUGCAGGGGGUUGCUUUCCAGCAACGUGGCUGCGCCUGGGUUCUCCCAGGCCAUCCCGGGGCCUCUGGGUGUACCACGGGGCGGAGCAACCGCACGGCAGACUCAGGUCCUGAGCUCGGCCCCUGGGAGCCCUAACUCCUUCCAGACGUGGGGCCUCCUUCCUUUCUUCACUGCCAGCUCUAAGCUCACAGGUGCCCUGGGGCCCGGCUCCUGCCUUAAUUUAGCAAGACCUCCAUCUUCACAGUUUUCCCGGGUACGCGUGUGGGGUCAUGCCACUCAGGCUGCAAAACUGGCUGACUCUUAAGCGCUGGCUCUCAGAAGCUUGAGGGUGGUGGGAAUGAGAUGGGAAUGUGGACAUUUAAGGGAGAGUCAAAUCUGUCACCCCCGAGGCCCAGGUCUGAGAAGGACCCCCAGGGCCCCUGUCCCACCCCAUGAGAAGAAAUCCCUCCUGCCGCGUUCAGAGCGCCAGCUCCCCCAGCGCUCCUAGUCUCGCUUAGAGAACCUCCCCAGACAGAAGAGGCGAGGCCCUGGCAUCUCACCCCUGUGGGCCCACCGCCCUCAGUGGCCUCUCUGUGCACUGGGUGCUGAGGUUGGAGGGCGAGGGACUUGGAUCACUGGGGCCCAGAUCGCAGGGAUCAGGCUGAGGGAGCAGGUGAUCUUCCCAAGCCAACCCCAGCCUCUCCUGUCAGCCCAGUCCAGCCCCUCAGCGCCCCCCCCCCCAGGGUGGGGCCCAGGAAGUACCUGCCCUCAGAGCCCGGAGGCGGCCGCACAGCUGCAGCUCAGGCUUCCCGCGCCUUCCACCCCAGCCCCUGGUCCCAGGUAGGCCUGGCCCCCAAGCCGGAAGCCAGACCUUGUACAGCAGCCCCAGGGGGUGGGGCUGGGUGGGGCUGUGCAGGGCUGCGACGGCUGAGCCUCGUUCUGGAGGGGAAGGAGCUCCGGAGGAGCUGGGGUCUGUGCAGAGGGGUGGGAAUGGGAGCAGAAAGGCCGCCUGGCUUCCCUCCUCCGAGGCUUUGCUGAUGGGAGGGGCCCAGCUGCUGGCAGGUGGGGCUGGUGUCUUCCAGCCCCUCCCCUGUGGGACCCGGGCUCCAGCUGCACAGUAGGAAGUGUCUGCACUGGGGUUCCCCAGAGGGGCGCCUCUCCAGGCCAAGGGCAGAGGUCCUCCAGCCCCUCCACCUCCCUGCUAGGGGCUGAUGUUGAGCUGGGCAUCCAGUCCAGGCCCCAGCUGGAGGACAAGUCUCAAAGAUGUCACCUGCUGUUCUGGGGGGUGUGUACCCCCAGUUCCAGCCACUGCUGCUGGGCAUGGCCCUCAGCUGCCUCUCGGGGCUCAGGGAAGGAGGGAGCCCCGGCUGCCGGAAGGGUCCCCGGUGCCCACGGGCACAGGAACAGGCAGCUAGCCGCUGCCAGGGGCUCAUCUGCCAGCUUGGGCUGUGAGCCAUCCUCCUCCUGCGCCCCAGACUGGAGGCCUGAACCCUGCACAGGCCUGGCUUACAAGGGGAGGUGGCCUCACGGUGGCUGCUUGGCUCACCCAGAACCAGGAAACAGCACUUAACUCCCCCGCGUUCACAGUCCCAGGAUGUCAGAGAGCUGCGCCCGGUGGGUCUCCUGCCCCCCGCCAUCCUCACACGGAGCAGCCUCACUCCAGGGGGCUAACCGAGAACUCAGGGGUCACUCCAGGGUCCCCGCUUUGCCUCCCCACCGUCCCACCGUGCCCCGUCCCCUCACCUGGACACCUCACUGACCCCCGUGGCCUGGGCUUCCAGACCCCAGUGCCCCACUGCUGCUGUCAGAGUGGCAGCUGUGGAAGGUCCGUCCCCGCCCUGACACCCCCAGGGGGCCCCAGUGUCCUCGGAUACUGCCCAUCAACCAGGUGUCCAGGGCCCCCACAGCUCCUCCGGCUUCUCCCCAGCUCCCGCUUGCCCCCAGGAGGACUCCCUCUCCAGGGGGAUGCCUCCCUGCCCUCCUCCUACAGGUGACCAGCUGGACACCUCUGAGAACUGGCCCCAGCUAGCCCCUCACUCGCUGUCCUCUCCGGCAAGAAUGAGUUCCUUCCUCGCCCCUCAACCUGCGAGGUCCUGAGGUCCCCGUCCUGGGCUGAAGCCGUUUCCUGCAGAGAGGCACCCGGGGCCUCCAGGUCAGACGCAAGCGCCAGCACUCAGAGCCCGCCCUGGGCGGGCCAGUGGGUGCCCGGCCAGGCGGGGCUUCACGACCUCUCUGGGCCUCAGCCCUCCAUCAAAUGGGGACCCGGGCAUGGGAAAGAGAAAACAGGGAACUUCUGAAGACAGAACGCAGCCCCGCCCAGGGCCUCUGGGCGAGAGAGCAGCUUAAUCUCUCCCUUUGUUUAUAAGUCACCCAAGAGCUGGAGCCGGCGGGGUCAGGGUCCAGGGUGCAGGGCGCAGCGGGAAGGAGGGCCGCGGAGUGUCCCAGCCACCACGGAGGAGGGUGGGCUGUGGCCUGGGAUGAAGGGAAUCAGACAGAGGAGGAGGGACAGGGAGCCCGACUCAGAGCCAGAAAGGGGGGGUCCCUGUCCCAGAAGGGGGCUGACCCCGGGACACAGGCCCCGCAGGCGUGGAGCUGGAGGAGCUCCCAAUUCAUAUUGAAUUCAGUUACUUCUCCCCGGGAGGCCUCCGGGCUUGGGCCUCGGGGACCCAGCGCUGCACUGUGUUGGGUGGGGGGGGAGGGCCGCAGCCCAAGGAUGCGUUUGGGAAUCUUUCACAUUGCCUAUUUAUGAAUAUAUAAAUCUUUAUAUCAAAUCUAUUUUUUAAAACAUGGAAAAGUUGCUUUUAUGCAGACUUAGCAGAGCCAGAGUACACAUUCCUAAACCAUUAAACAUGUCCACAGCGA